AAGCACAAACCAUUCACACCAGCAUUGAUAGAAGCACCCCCAAACCUAACCCAACACCAUCGGCAUCGGCAUCAUAUGCGCUUUGGGCGGCAAACUCAUUCAUUGCAAUGCCUCGCAUUGGGUGAUUCUCGAUCGCUCCUGUGCGAUCGAGGGAAUGGAAGAUCAUUAUUUUUUUCGACAUCCACGCCUACGAUUAAUCUACGACGAGGUUAUUCUUCGCAACGAAUCGUUCCUUUGAUUAACCGCAGAACACGAUACCCGGUUAUUAGAAAUAGUCUGAAAAAAACGCUCGAGGCGCAAAGGACGGUUAAUCGGGAGAGGUUGAUUCGUAAGGUUUAUAAUGAACCUGUUGAAGGGGUUCAGGAUACUGUGAGAGAUGCGAGAUUGGAGGCUAAUGAGCCUAUAACCGAAGGGUUGACAAAAGCCAAACCUUCUAAGCAAAUCAAGUCGAAGCGUCCGUCAACAGUGAUACACAAGCCUAGUCAUGUUCCAUGGGUUGCUCCGCUGCAAGAUGGACUUGCACAACAGCCAUGGCUUGGAUUUAUUCAACGAUCAGAAAGAUGGAAAAUAAAUGCACGAUCGACCUUGAACAACGAGAUCUCAGCUUUGGCGGAGUAUCUCAAGCCCUCAGAUACAGAGCAAGCAGUCGUCAACGAAAUUGUGGAUGAUGUAUCGUCCCAGCUUCAGGGAGUUGUACCAUCUUCACCACAACUUGUGGGCUCACGACCUACACAACUUGCAUCCAGCAACUCGACAGUCGAUCUCAUGAUUCUCGUACCACAUACUCAUGCUCCGGAUUCUCCACAUCACAAACCGGCUCCCAUGAAUCCACGGAUAAGCAAAUCAUUCGCCGACGUUAUAACCCGGGCUGAGCUUGCGAUGAAGAACAGUGAUACCUUCAAUCACUGUCACGUCAUUCACGACAAGAGCCCUGCACUGGUAAUGUCCCACAAAACUUCGGAUCUGUCAAUAAGACUAUUCUGCCGAACCAAUUCGCCGAGAUCCGAUGAUUUCAUGCGAAAUACUCUAGCUGAACUUCCAUCUAUACUACCAUUAUACAUGGUGACGAGAGUCCUUCUCGAAAGCAAAGCCCUCUUUGGAUGGGGAGCAGCCUCCCUAGAUUCUUACUCCCUCUUUCUACUCAUCACGUCUUUCUUGCGACAAAAUACAGACUGCCAGAGACUAGGGGAACAACUACUCUCCUUCCUACAUACGUACGGCACGCAAAUCAAUCUAAGCAUCACAGGAAUUUCAGUCAGUCCAGCUGAAUUCUUUACUCCAUCCACCAUCCGCGAACAUGAAAGGUCAAUCAGUAGUAAUAAAACGACGUAUCCCGCCUACCUUAUCGGCCAACGCGCCUUAAUGCGGUAUAAGAUCAAUGCAAGCAACAAAGCAAACCUCCCAGCGGCCAGGCAUCUAUGUAUUCAAGACCCGACUAAUUAUUUGAAUGAUGCCGGAUUGAGAUGUUUGAGGACGACGGAGUUGCAGGAGACGUUUUCGGGGUUGUAUACUGAUCUGCAGAUGGCAUUGGAGAGGUGGAGUGGUGGGAAUGUGCUGGGACAGGUGUUGCGUGCUGAUUUUGGGGAGUUGGUGAGGAGGAAGAAUCUCGGUAUCUUUUAUAUGUCACUUUUCUAG